AGCGUUUAUGUGAGGGAGACUUCUUCUCUACAUCACUUAAAAACUGUGGAAAAAAACCCACUUAUAGGUGGAAGUUUAAAGAAGUAUAGGACCAAGUAUGAUCAGUCAUUUCAGCGAUUUCAGUGAUAAGAUGCGCGAAAAUGAGCGUUCUUUUUGCGUGCGUGUUCGUUGCGUGUGGCUGGUCCAUGACAGCGCGUUCAGUCGAUCCCAGGUUGCGCGGCACGGCACUGCCUCUCAUCUGCGCCAGUGUUAUCAAGCAGAGACGAACACCCGCUCAUAAGUGCUUAGACAGAAAUCGUGAUGUGUCAUUAUAUAGAUUAGUUUUAUUAUAAAUAUUCUUCAUUAUAGGGACGAGUCUGGAUUCAGUGAUUAAAGCAUACUAAGGGAUCGAUUUUAAGGCAGUGAUUAAGGCCGUGACACUAUGUUGACUGAGGUGCUGCUGGCGGCGCUGCUGCUGCUUCUGCUGCUGGUGUUCGUGAACAGAAAGCCACAGGGCCUUCCCCCAGGCCCUUGGGGAUGGCCUGUCCUGGGAAAACUUCCUUCGAAGGACCUGCCUCUCGCCGAACACGUCAAGGCGCUGAGGAGAACCCACGGUGACAUCAUUUCCUGGAGAAUAGGCAGCCGUAUUUACAUCUUCUUGUGCAACUACAAGGUCAUUCGGGCGGCCUUCACGAAACCCGAAUUCUCCAGUCGUCCGAAUCUCUUCAGUCAAAAAGUCUUCACUGAUUUCACGAAUGCUGGCAUCACGUUCAACGAAGGCCUCGGCUGGCAGACGCACCGCCGCUUCGCCCUCCGUCAGCUGAAGGACCUGGGAAUGGGCAAGUCCAGCCUGGAAACCGCCAUCCUGCACGAAGCGCAGUGCCUGGUGGAGGACUUCGGCGAGCACCUGGGCCGUCCCGAGCCGCUGCCUUGGUCCAUCCACGUGGCGGUCCUCAACGUCAUCUGGAAGCUCACGGCGGACCGGCGCUACGACGUCGGGGACCAAGAGAUCCAGAAUUUCAACAAGCUGAUCAGCCGGUCCCUGGAGAUCUUCUCGGGGAUGGCGGAGGUGUACGACAUGUUCCCGUGGCUGGGCAGCGUCGUGCCGAGGUGGCUGGAGGACAGGACGGAGAUCGGCGAGUACUUGAGGAUCGCCGACAACAUUGCGGAGUUCAUGGCUGGAGUGAUCGAGGAGCACCAGGAGAGCCUCGACCCCCACAACCCAAGGGACUACAUUGACUCGUACUUACUCGAGAUGGAGGCGCAGCAGAAGGAGGACCCGAACUGCACCUUGAACUUGCUCGAUCUCCGCUGCGGGGUGGCUGCUCUCUUCAUAGCAGGGACCCUCAGCGUCGCCUUCACACUGAAAGCCAUUUUGCUGCACCUCGUCCAGAAUCCCGAGAUCCAGAAGAAGAUACAGAAGGAGAUUGAUGACGUGGUGGACGAGGAUGCUCUCCCGACGACCCAGGAUAAGGAGAGCCUGCCCUACCUGGAGGCGACCAUCCUGGAGUGCCUCCGUGCCACCAGCCUGACGCCGCUGGGCCUCACGCACUCGGCCGCGCGCGACACGGUCUUCGAGGGCUACGUCAUUCCGAAGGACGCCCUUAUUAUGAGCCACAUCGACUGCUGCCACACCGACCCCGCCUACUGGGACCGCCCCCUGGACUUCUGCCCCGAGCACUUCUUGGACGCCCAGGGCAAGGUCGUCUCGAAAAGGGACGGCUUCUUGCCCUUCUCUGUGGGUAGGUGGCGUCGCCGUUUUCGGUGGUGUUGGUAG